AUGGGUGGAGCAAUUAACCAGACUCUGGAGCAACUUGCUCUGAAUGACAAACUUCUGCCUUCGAAGCCCUCUAAGGGACCAAAAGCAGUCUUCCCCACUUUUGAUCCUUCCUACCGUGAGUUCAAUGAAGAGGGUAUGUCCAUCAUCUAUAAUGAAGACAUUCCAGUCCGUGAUGGCACUAAGUUACGGGGUGAUAUUUUCCGGCCCUUGAACACGACACUCGAUGGCAAUGAAAAAUGGCCCAUUGUCCUGGCUAUUACUCCCUUCGGCAAACAGGUCCCUUCUGAACGUGAUCAGAGUAAAACACCACCGAGCAAAGAGUUCGAUGCAGGCUAUGAUGGUGUUUACAUGUCUAAAUUCAGCACAUUUGAGGGCUCAGAUCCUGCUUUCUGGACGAAGCAUGGAUUUAUCUACGUUAUCGUUGAUUCUCGUGGAAGUUUUGCAUCCGAAGGGACCAGGACAACCUUAGUGACACCAGUUGAUGCAUUAGAUGCAUACGACGUUAUCGAGCACUUGGGUGCGCUGCGAUGGUCGAACGGGCAUAUUGGAAUGAUUGGCUCCAGUGCACUCGGCACUAUCCAGUGGUUCGCGGCUUCGUUAAAUCCACCACAUCUGUCGUCCAUCAUUAUGCAGGACGGGUGGACUGAUACGUAUCGUGAUAUCUACUACAAGGGCGGCAUUCCCCACUUGAGCUUUGUGAGGGUAUUGCAAGAUGUUUAUCUGAGUCACGGAAAUGCGGAAAAAUCCCCAGUUAGCGAUUUAGUCUCAGCUGCCCUUCAACACCCGACCUUUGAUGAAUUCUGGGAGCGAUUGGAUCCCGAUGUUACAAAAAUAACAUGUCCGAUCUAUGUGAUUUCAAGCUUUGGUGACAGGGGCAUUCAUUGCCCUGGAUCUAUUCGGGGUUACCUCAAGGCGAGCGCGAAGACGAAAUUUCUCGAGCUUCACCCGUAUCGCAAAUGGGAAUGGCAGCUUACUCCCGAAUCUUUGGAGCGACAGCUGGCUUUUUUUCACAGAACUCUCCAAGGUCCAGAUCAACAUGCCGCCAAGUCCAUUGACUAUUGGCCAGCUGUACGCCUUCACACAACCGAGAAACACUACGCUGGCAGCUGGCGCAGUGAGAAUGAGUUCCCACUGGCCCGAACAAUCCGAAGCCGGUAUUACCUAGGGAACGACCAACAGCUGGUCACAAACAGCGGUCCACGGUUUAGUAAUGGAUUAGUGACAUAUGAAGCCAAGACUGGUUCCGUCUUUUGGCAGUAUACAUUUGGUCAACCAACCGAGAUUACGGGAACUUCGCGUCUACACCUCAUUAUUUCAAUCUCUGAAGGAAGUGACGCUGAUCUUUUUGUGACGCUGCAGAAGUUAGACCGCCACGGGAACAUUGUCUUCUUCCCUUAUCAUACGUAUAUCAACGAUGGCCACGUGUCAUGGGGUUGGUUGAGGGCUUCAUUGCGGAAAUUGGAUCCUAAUCCUACCGGCGACGAAGUAGCGCCUACUUUCCGCAAAGAAGAUCAGCAGCCACUUGUUCCGGGUCGUUCGGUGGAAGUCGAUAUAGGGCUUCAACCUACUUCUACGCUUUUCCGAACAGGCGAGACUUUGAAGGUUAUGGUACAAGGGCACGACUUCGGGGAAUAUUCUCCGUACGGCCCCGUAUACCGGAUACCUCGCGGUGGAACUGGUUGCAAUCAGGGCCAGCAUUCUAUUUCCUUCGAAGGGAGCUACUUAGAAGUUCCCAUUAUUCCGCCAAAAUAA